CAAAACGCCACGCGGAGUGUGGCCGCGUUCCGCCCCGCUGGAACCUCUGGAGAAGCCCAGCCCCCGGUCGCGCCAUGGAGGACAGCCCCUUCGCCGCCAGGGACUUCGUGGUGGAGAGCGUGCUCGACUACUUGGAGACCGAGGAGCUCUUCACGUGCGCCGAGGUGAACCGGCUGUGGCAGUCGAUCGCCCUGUCCCUGCUGCGCAGGAAGCUGGUCUCCGUGUCCGUCUGCUGCACGCCGGACUCGGAGCGGGCGGCCCUCGCCUCAGCGCUGGGCAGCUCGCACGUGUGCGUUGACAUCUUCUGCUCCAAGUUUUCGCGCUUCCGAAACAUCGCGCGCAUGGCAGGACUGCGACCGUCGCUGGUGUUCCUCUCCCACCACGUCGACCUCGGUGAGGACAAGCGAGUUGUGGAGCGCCUGCGCGAGUUCCUGCCCCCGGACUCCAUCAUCGUGUAUUUCAAACUGGAGCUCGUGCGAACCGUGAACGACUCCGAGGACGCCACGCACGAGGGCAUCUUCGGCGAGUUCCUGUUCCGCGUCGAGGAAGACCUGUCCGCGAAGGCGCCAGCCACCACCUCCGAAGAGGCCGAUGACCAGCUGUGGCAACAACCGGAUGGCGCCAUCCCCGGGCCGUCUUCUUCGACAUCUGGCUCGAACCGCGAGCGGUGGCGAUCCCGUGGCCUGGACGCGCAGUGCGCUCUGCCACCGGGCCUCGCUGCAGACCUGCCCGGCCCGUCCACCGCAGCGGCACCGCUUCGCCCGUGGCCUCGCCGUCCGCGUCUGGCGUCGGGCGGCGAGCGAGGUGCGUUGUUUCGCAACGUGCUCCCUGGCGUGCUCGUGUUCCAGGCGCUGCACGUGACCGCGGCCAACAUCGAGGGAAACGCGGUCACCUCGUUUUUCACGGAGGAGGCCACCGGCAGGACCGUGCAGGUGACGUCGGCGGCUGUCUUCAGCGUCAUGCCGAGCAGCCAGCUGGAGCCGCUCAUGCGCCGGCUGAGCGAGGAGUUCGGCUCGACCGACGACGCCAUCGCCGUGGUGUUCCCGCGCAACCAGGACGAGGUGCUCGGCGAGCUGGAGGCGUUCGAGCGACACUUCCCCUCCGUGCCGGCGCUGGCGAACCAGGCCACCGAAUUCAACGUGGACGGCCAGUACGCGCCCAUGAGCAGGCUCAAGAUGAUCCUGCUGCUCAUCAAGCUGCUCGACUGAGCCAGAUAACCAACAUCGCCACUAUUCUCUGACCAAGCCCGCAACGUGAGCGCGUGAUCACGCGAUCCGUGCAGAAGAAGCAACCUCUGGCUCGAGCGCCCUCCAUCAUCGACACCAUCGUAGUUUUCACCGCAAAGCUAUCUGACGCUGUCGACAGCUCU